UUAAACAAAAUGCAGGGUUAAUCAUAGUGAUGAGCGGCUAAAUAUCUGUGCCAUCCGAAAAACUCCCAUCCCCCAUCAAACGCACCAUUACUCACCGUCACUGGUUAUAGCAUCGCUCGGCUGCUACACUUCUACUCGUUCCUUCACCAUGCCCAUUGCCAUACUUUCUUCUUAGCUUCUUGCUUAAGUCGCACUUCUCAAUAUCCCAUUCUUCUUCCCACAUAAACCCUAGAAAAAUCCCUAUUUUAUUCCACCAUGACCAAAGUCUAUGGAACUGGAGUUUACGAUUUCAAACGCCAUAGAGUUGCUGAAUACCCUCUUGAAAUUUCCCACAAUAUCAACCCUGAAUCAAUACCUCUUUCUAAUGCUCCCAAUUCUAUCAGUCUUGCCGAAAUCAAAAAAGACCCACUUACUAAAAUUGCUGCUGAUAAUUGGCUCAAUUCUAACCCUACAAACACUUUUAAUGCUGAAUUGGUGAAGGAUAUUUAUAAUAAAGAGUUGCUUGUUAAAACUGGUAGAAAACCUGUUCCUUUGCAAAGGGUUAUGAUUUUGGAGAUUAGUCAGUAUUUGGAGAAGUAUCUGUGGCCACAUUUUGAUGCUCAAACUGCUACUUUUGAGCAUGUUAUGUCUAUGAUUUUGAUGAUUAAUGAGAAGUUUAGAGAGAACGUGGCUGCUUGGGUUUGCUUCCAUGAUAGGAAAGAUGUAUUCAAAUCAUUCUUGGAGAGUGUUCUUCGGCUUAAAGAUCAGGCAGAUCGUUUCAGUAUUGCAGAGAAGACCAACUAUUUAGUCUUCAUGAUUAAUGUCUUUCAGAGUUUUGAAGAUGAAGUAGUCAGCAAUACUGUUCUAAGACUUGCGAGUCUGCAAUGCUGGCAUAGCUUGUCAUAUGGUCGUUUCCAGAUGGAGCUAUGUCUAAAUCCUGAUUUGAUAAAGAAAUGGAAGAAAAUGACUAAAGCAGAAGCCAAGAAAGCAAAAAAACGUGGAGAGGACUAUGAUCCAUCUAAUUCUCUAGAAGCAACGUUCUUGAGAAAUCUCAUGGUGGAGUUCUUGGUGAUAUUGGAUUCCGAAGUGUUUUUCUCCGCACAACACGAUGAUUUAGAUGGAAAUAAUUCAAAUGGUUCCCAAGAAGUUGAUGAUGCUUGUGUCUUGUUUUGUGAGAGGUUUAUGGAAUUCCUUAUUGAUUUAUUGAGUCAAUUGCCAACCAGGAGGUACUUGAGGCCUUUAGUGGCUGAUGUUGCGGUUGUUGCUAAAUGUCAUUUAAGUGCGCUUUAUACUCAUGCAAGGGGAAAAUUGUUUUCACAAUUGGUUGACUUGCUACAAUUUUACGAAACUUUUGAGAUCAACGAUCACGAAGGGACACAAUUGACUGACGAUGAGGUCCUUCAAGCGCAUUAUGAGCGCUUUCAAUCUUUUCAAUUGCUUGCUUUUAAGAGAAUCCCAAAGUUGAGAGAGCUGGCUCUAGCUAACGUUGGUGCAAUACACAAGCGUGUUGAUCUCUCUAAGAAACUGUCUGUUCUUGCACCUAAAGAGCUCCAGGAUUUAGUGUGUUCUAAGCUCAAACUAAUUUCAAAGAACGAUCCAUGGUCAGCGAGGGUUGAUUUUCUUAUUGAAAUUAUGGUUUCCUUUUUCGAGAAACAGAAGUCUCAGAAGGAAGCCAUAAAUGCUCUCCCACUAUAUCCUAAUGAGCAAAUCAUGUGGGAUAAAAGCCUUGUACCAAGCAUUAACUACUCUGGAGAAGGAUGUCUGGCUCUCCCAAAACUUAACCUUCAGUUUUUAACCCUUCAUGACUAUUUAUUGAGAAAUUUUAAUCUUUUUCGUCUCGAGUCAACAUAUGAAAUACGAGAGGAUAUUCAGGAAGCUGUGCCACAUCUUCUUGCCUAUAUCAAUAACGAAGGGGAAACAGCUUUCCGUGGUUGGUCAAGAAUGGCUGUACCAAUAAGGGAAUUCAAGAUUACUGAGGUGAAGCAACCUAACAUUGGGGAGGUGAAACCUGCAGCAGUAACAGCAGCAAUUACUUAUAGUAUUUCUAGUUAUAGAGCACACAUCAGAUCUGAAUGGGAUGGACUUAAAGAGCAUGAUGUUCUGUUUUUGCUUUCUAUACGCCCUUCAUUUGAGCCAUUGAGUGCAGAGGAAGCUUCUAAGGCAACUGUUCCUCAACGUCUUGGUCUUCAGUGUGUACGCGGAUGUGAAGUAAUAGAGAUUCGAGACGAGGAAGGGGGCUUGAUGAAUGAUUUUACCGGAAGAAUUAAACGUGAAGACUGGAAACCUCCCAAAGGUGAACUUAGAACUGUAACAGUUGCUCUAGACGCAGCACAAUACCACAUGGAUGUUACAGAUAUUGCAGAGAAUGGAGCUGAAGAUGUGUAUGGAACAUUUAAUGUGCUGAUGCGCAGAAAGCCAAAAGAAAAUAAUUUUAAGGCAAUUUUAGAAUCCAUUCGAGAUCUUAUGAAUGAAACAUGUAUAGUUCCUGAUUGGUUGCACAAUAUAUUUUUGGGUUAUGGAAACCCCUCAGCUGCCCAAUGGACUAACAUGCCCGACCUUCUAGAGAUUGUAGAUUUUAAGGAUACUUUCUUGGAUGCUGAUCAUUUGAGAAACAGUUUUUCGAACUAUCAGAUAUCUUUCACUGAUCCAGACGGUUCAGAAAAUCUGUGUCCAGAGCCUCCAUUUCGAAUUAGGCUUCCAAAAACGCUGAAAAGCAAUGCUGAAGCUCUUCCUGGAAAUAAAUCAUCUAUAUCUGCUUCUGUUGAUGGUGACACUACAGCAAUUCAAGAAAGACUUGUUGUUGAGUCUUAUAUUCCUCCUGAUCCGGGUCCUUACCCACAGGACAAGCCGAAACAAAAUACAGUCAGGUUUACCCCUACUCAGGUUGGGGCAAUUAUCUCUGGUGUGCAGCCAGGCUUGACAAUGGUGGUAGGUCCACCUGGUACUGGAAAAACUGAUACUGCUGUGCAAAUUUUAAAUGUUCUUUAUCACAACUGUCCUUCUCAGAGAACAUUAAUUAUAACACACUCCAAUCAGGCUCUCAACGAUCUAUUUGAAAAGAUAAUGGAGAGAGAUGUGCCUGUUCGCUAUCUUCUUCGAUUAGGACAAGGUGAGCAAGAGUUAGCAACUGAUCUAGACUUCAGUCGUCAAGGUCGUGUCAAUGCAAUGCUUGUGCGACGUUUGGAACUGCUUGGUGAGGUGGAGCGGCUAGCACGUUCACUUCAGCUUCCUGAGGAUGUGGGCUAUACCUGUGAAACAGCUGGUUACUUUUGGUUGCUUCAUGUCUACUCACGGUGGGAGCAAUUUCUUGCUGCUUGUGCUGAUAAUAAAGAGAAACCAACUUUUGUUCAAGAUCGAUUCCCAUUCAAAGAGUUCUUUUCUAAUGCUCCUCAGCCCAUCUUUAGUGGAGAGUCCUUUGAUAAGGAUAUGCGGGCUGCCAAAGGUUGCUUUCGCCAUCUCAAAACUAUGUUUCAGGAGCUUGAAGAGUGUAGGGCAUUUGAAUUGCUGAAAUCAACUGUGGAUAGAGCAAACUACCUAAUGACUAAACAGGCAAAAAUUGUUGCUAUGACUUGCACACAUGCGGCUCUCAAGAGGAAGGAUUUUCUUCAGUUAGGAUUUAAGUAUGAUAACCUGUUAAUGGAAGAAAGUGCACAAAUCCUGGAAAUUGAGACUUUUAUUCCAAUGUUAUUGCAGCGACAGGAAGAUGGUUAUGCACGUCUUAAGCGGUGUAUAUUAAUUGGUGAUCAUCACCAGCUGCCUCCUGUUGUAAAGAACAUGGCCUUUCAGAAGUAUAGCCACAUGGAUCAAAGUCUCUUUACUAGGUUUGUUCGUCUGGGCAUACCAUAUAUUGAGCUUAAUGCUCAGGGACGAGCACGCCCAAGCAUAGCCAAACUUUAUAAUUGGAGGUAUAGAGAGUUGGGAGACCUUCCUUAUGUGAAGCAAGAACCAAUUUUUCUUAGAGCAAAUUCAGGAUUUUCUUAUGACUAUCAGUUAGUGGAUGUGCCAGACUAUAAUGGUAAAGGUGAAUCUGCUCCUUCGCCUUGGUUCUAUCAGAAUGAGGGUGAGGCUGAAUACAUAGUUGGUGUUUAUAUAUACAUGCGGUUACUUGGUUAUCCUGCAAAUAAAAUUUCCAUUUUAACUACUUAUAACGGCCAGAAAUUUCUCAUUCGUGAUGUUAUCAGUCGAAGGUGUGUUCCAUACGGUUUUAUUGGCCCCCCAAACAAGGUCACAACAGUUGAUAAGUUUCAAGGUCAGCAGAAUGACUUUAUCUUAUUGUCUCUGGUACGCACUCGCUUUGUGGGUCAUUUACGUGAUGUGAGAAGAUUGGUUGUUGCAAUGUCUCGUGCACGACUUGGCCUCUAUGUUUUCUGUCGUCGUUCAUUGUUUGAGCAGUGCUAUGAACUACAGCCGACUUUCCAACGCCUGCUUCAGAGACCUGACCACCUUGCAUUAAACUUGAUGGAGAAUACACCUUUUACAGAGCGAGGUAUUGAGGAUACAGGGCCAGUCUAUCUUGUGAGUGGCGUGGACGAGAUGUCUAAUAUUGUGAACUCCAAAAUGCAUCAGAUUGACCAGGCAAGGAUGAUGAGCAUUCAUUACAACAUGAUGUAUGUCGGACAAGGAGAUGCUUCUGUGGUUCAAUCAUUCCAGAAUGGGCAGCAGAAUUUGACCUCAGUGAAUGACAUGGACAGUGAAAGUUCCGUGUUGGAAAAUGGUGUAAACGGGGACAUACCGCCUGGUAGUGAAGUUACUAAUAUGGAGGAAGAGAAAUCAGGUCAAAACGGAGCUGUGGCAGUAGAAGAUUUAGCAGACGGUGACGUUCCUGCUGCAUCCAAUAUGGAGGAGUAAGCUGAUUGGACUCAAACUAAAGGAAUCUUACUGUUGAAAGCAUUCUGAUGGUGACUCUGAGAGCCUUGCCCUUGGCCCUUGCUAAGGACAUACUGUACACUGCUUGCUUCAGUUUUUUUCAUCCCGUGUUGAUUCAGGAAAGUUUUAAACAGAGGAUUUUUUUGGCGAUAAUCUACAUAAAUACAUGGUUAAUAGGAUAAUGAUCAUAAUUAAGUAAUUCUUUAGUCACAUAUUUGUAUUGUCAUUUGUAAAUUUAUCCUUUUUUAAUUAGUCACUAAUUAGUAAUAGAGAAUUUUUAAAAUAGAAAA